GACGCGUUAUAAACUGUGGAAAACACGAUUUGAUAGACUAAAUUUCCGUGUCGGUUCCUAUGGCAGGAGCAUAUUCAACAUAGCAGUGUGUUAAUAUAUUCCAAACUAGAAUUAGAAAGUCAGAAUUGACAUUAACUCUGGACAAUAGAUCUGGGACUAAUACAUUUAGAUAUUGGCCCAAAGUUGAUAAACAGCUAAAAGUGAAUUCAAAGGAUGACAAACUGGAACUAAUCAGCGCUGACAUUUUUUUUUUUAUAAAACUUGACUUAACUGAAAUGGGCUUAUUGUACAACUUUAUUCCAAUAGAGGUGCCUCUUAUUUUACUGCUGGCAUAUUUGCAACCCUUUAACGCUCAAAAUGUGAGCUUAAUUGCAACCUCAACAGCGAAGUACUUGUAUUCCGAUGGAUACCCAACUGCUUAUGCAAAUAAUUUGACAUAUGAUUGGCUUAUAACGUCUGAUAUUUCAACAGAACUUGUAAACAUUAUAGUAGAAGAUUGCCAGAUUGAAUAUUUGGAAGGAAAGGUGACAUCAGCAUGUCAAGUUGAUAAACUAUCCAUCUAUGAUGGCGAGUUUGACAAUUCUACCGCGCUGUACCAAUCAUGCUGUAUUACAGAUGUGCCAGCAUUGAAUAGUUCUGGUCCUAGUAUUUUAAUUAGAUUUGUAACAGACGCCACAAUUGUAGCCAAAGGAUUUAGAAUCAAGUAUUAUAAUUCUGCAUAUAAAUCUCCAGAUGUAGCUGCUGCUUUUGGUCUUUACAUAGCACUAGGAUUAAUAGUUGUUGCUGUCGUUGUUUGCGUUGCUAUAGUUGCGUUCUAUGUUAUGAAGAAGACAAAAGUGAAUAGUCAACGGGUCAAUCCAGUAGGAGAGGCGACUACCAGUACGAAAACAGACAGCUACCAAACCACGUCAUCAAUCGAUGAGUAUAAUAAACCUCCUUUACCAUCUGACAGCCCGAUACCAUUACCUACCGAUUGGUCAGAACUCGAGGGGAUGACAGCACCGCUUAAUAUCGGACCGAGGCCCGAUCUUAUCAAUUUCAAGAACCUUUCUGAUGGUCAGAGCAGAGGCAAUAAAUUGCCACCGAUUCAACAAGUGCACGAGAUUGACUAAAGUGUCAUUCGCCAUGUUUGCACGUGAUAAGCUCACUCACGGAACACCAAAUUAAAACCCUGCAGAAAGUUGAACACUCACAUGAAUAUACAAUUGUUUUGUUGUACAUGUUGUAUGUAUUCAGUUAAAUGAACGCAUAUAUGAUUUGUAUAUGCACUCUUAUUUAAAUAGCUAAUUAAGCUAACUUGUUCAGUUCAUGUAUUCUGUUUUCUGAUGUUCGAGACAAGUCGAAUCUAAUCGAACGAAAUUGAAAUUAUUGUUUAAAAAAGCAUCGACUGCGAUUUAGUUGGUAAAAUCAAUGAAGUGCUAAAUAAGUUACAUCACUUUAAGAAGAUGCUAUUGUUCAUUGUGUAUUGUUUUUAUGAUAAUUUUGUUAGGAUUCUAUCAUAUUGAAUGGAUAUUUAGAAGCGUUUUAAUAAGUUUGUUCUAUAUGUGUUAAUAUAUUUAUUUUAAUGUAUAUCUAUAAUUUCUGAAAUAAAAAUGUCCAAUAUAUGUAA